GUUGAAAACGUUACAAAUGCGAGACGACCGUUGUGAUUAUGGAGGUGUGCGGAAUUGUGAUGGGGCUACAGACGGCUUUGGAGUAGUACGCGCGCACCCGGUGGUGGUGGUGAGCGCCGCUGAAUCAUAAAGUGGUCGUGUGACGUGCGGUGUCCGGUGAAGUGCAAGGAGAUCAGUGGUUGUGCAUUUUGUGGGUAAGGGUGGUGGUAGCGUGUGUGUGUGUGUGAAGCAAAGUGAAAAUAUGCGCGAUCGUUAAAGCCGAGUUGUGAUGCUGAUCACGGAUUGCUUGUUCCGAUGACGAAGGAAGUUUGAAGAGAGGGAGGUUGAUGAAGCGGAGGAUUUUGAACUCAUCGGUCGCAUAUGAAGUGAAUUGAUUUUUUGUUCAUGGCGGCUGCUCCAGACAACGGAUGCCAGCGUAUCGCACCCCAGCGUCGCAAAUCUAAGUGCCACACAACCUCGUCAGUACCGACAUCACAAGAGCUCAAACCUCGCAAUGCAUGCGUGCUUGUGAGAUUCAGACACAAGUUCUACUUAGUCCAUACUCGAAAGCUUCCCCACCUCUUGGUUUUAGCAAGAGGUACGCUCAAAGACUGGAGGCUACAGCUUCACCCAGCUUACCUGCUCCUCAAACGUCGUUCUGGAAGAAUUGUCAAAUUUCUGCCACAAUUCUUUAAAGGGAGAAGGCGCGAUGGGGCGUGGAACAGCGAAUUUGGAGGGGAGAUCACUGCGCCCAUCAAAAGCAGCAUUCAGGAAAACGCCGAGUGCAGGCGGAGAAAGGUGGAACACCGUACAGCACGCGUGAGAAAGAGAAAAGAGAGUGAGAAGACAGUUUCCGACGAAGAGAGAUCAACCGAAGAGAGCAACAUGGAAAGUCCACAAGGGACGCUGCGAAGGGAAUUGCGAAGGGAUGACUUUUGGGAGGCCAUCAGUCCCGACUACAACUACCUCAUGGAUUGUGAACUUAUUCAAAGCUGCAGGGAGGCCCGAGGAGAGUUGGCUCUGGACGAGGCAGGAGUGUCACCUUUGUGUGACACCUUAUCCUUUGCAAAAUUCGUCCGGCAGUUCAACCACUUGCAUGACUGGCUACACGAGUUGCACUCCUCUAUCCUUGACUCGAUGCCUGAACAACGGCCCGAUGCGAUUGUUCGAGUACAGCAGGAGUUGCAUCAGCAUGAGGCUUCAGUGAAACUCUUUGCCGAAGAGGCACAGAACCUAUGUGCUGUGGGUCCAAACAUGAAAGAGGAUGUCAACCGUAGAAUGAAUUUGCUCAGCAACAAGUGGGAAGCCGUGUCGAGAGCUGUCGAGCCCAGCAAGGAGGAUACAAUGGAACCGAGUGGCUUUCAAGAGGUUGCUCAGGAGAUGAGGCGCCUUCGUGGUUGGCUGAGGGAACUGGAGGGUCGUCUUCCAUCACAGCUAGUGGGAUCAUCGUGUUCAUUUCAACAACUGCAAGAACAUCUCAGCGAACAGCAGGCUGUGCAACAGGAGAUUGAAUCCCGUGGACGCUUCGUGAAGUCUCUUCUUCGUCAGUGCGAAUCCCUGAGCUGCACCAGCGCUGGCGCGGGCGAAGCCACUGACAGUUCGUUGCAGGGUGCAGGGGAAGCGUCUUCAUUGCGGAAAAGUUCUUCGUCUCUGCCACUUCCUUCGUGGAAAGCGCAGAGGUUCUGUCGCGUCGCAGCGAACCUUGAGAAGCGAUGGCAUGGCCUCUGGUUGAAGUCCCUCGAAUGGCAAUGCCGUCUCGAACAGCUCAUCAAUAAAUACGGCAAUCAGGGAAGCCAACAGUGGGACUCUGGUAGUGACAGGGGUCACGGGGACGAGCCACUCAGCAAGCAACCGCGACUGAGCAACGAAUGGGACGAAGACCUUUCAGCCAUGGAAGUGACAGUUCCGUUGCCUGGAGCAAAUGUUGCUCAAGACCCCGUUCGACAGUCCGACUCUCCUACUCCUCAGUGGGAUAUUCCACCACCCGUCCAGCCAGCUGCUCCUACUUACCUCGAAAAGGGUGUCAUGGUAGGAACGACGGGUAUCGCUGAACUGAAGGCUAAAACUGGCAGCGGUCGCUUUGAAAUCAUACAAGAUGUCGGCUACUCCAGCGAGAGUUCGACGCAACUUUCGAGCGAGGACUGUAUUCAUAUCUACAGCUACGGCCCGGAAGAAACGUCGAAAUCUUACUGGGAAAACGACGCCGGUGACGUGGAACGACCGGGAUUGGAAGGGCGCUGGAAUUCAGCUCCAGAAGAAGACUACGAGGACUACAAGACCUGUCCGCUGAUUCAGAACACCGGCCCGGCCGCAGAUCUCUACCGGAUGACUUCUCUGGAACCCGAAGGUGGAUUCUCCGACUUAAACAGCGAAGCCGUCAAUGCUAUCUUGGGCGACGACGACGAGUGGAAGGAUGGCCUUGCAGACGGCUUGUCGAGUGAGAAACAAGACACGUCGAACUCGUCGUGCCCAUUGGAUGUCUCUUUCAUGACGGAGGUUGCCGCUGUACGCCGAGUGAAGAGGACGCUCGAGACGACAAAAGUGACAAAAGUGCAGGAGUGGUUGGAAAGGUGCAACUCGUCGGCAGGUGGUGAGGAAGACGAAGACAGCGCGCCGUGCCACGUGGACAGUUCGUGCGACGCCAGCGGGGAGUACACAACCAACGAGGAAGACAACGACAGUGAUGCAGCGGACACAUCAUCCUCAGGAAGUCAAGGAAGAACGACAUCCAGGAGUGUGUCUCUCAGCAAGUCCGGAACAGGUUCAGUGGAGACUGUAGUACAGGUCGGAGCUGGUGGAGAUGCUCGAUACGGUGGUGUGGUCAUGAGGACUGGCCUGAGGAGCAAAAAGAGAGGCCGGGACAGGCCUUGGAGCGUCACGGACGUGAAAGGAGCGGGUGCCCUGUCAGCAUUGUCACCUUUCUCAACGUCGGAGACAGCGCUGAAUGUGCUCAUGAGCGCUGCGUCGGGGCAGCAAGGUCUGGGCAGCGAAGGACGACCUCGCACGUGUUCAGUGGGCGUCCAGAAGGACCUGUCAGACCUCUCCUCUCCGGAACACCGUCUACAUCGUCAGAGAAGGGCACGAGCAUUCCGCAGCCGAACGUUCCGCUCGGACUCGAGCUCCGAGGCAGUGUCGGGAUCUUCCUCUGCACGACUUCGUCGAGUACGGGAUGUUUCAGCGGCAUCACUAUCCGGGAGUGCUGGCCACCUCUCAGGGCAUCACACUUCAUCGUCAGGAACAGAGAACUACCAUGACUGCAUGGGAAUCUCACAAGCGUCAUUAAAUGGUUUUCCUGUAUGUGACGCAACACUGACUCACGUGGAAGAGCAGAGCUCGGUGUCAGACCAGAUGUGGGAUGACUACCAGGAUCCGCCAUACUGCAGUGAACCCUACUCAGAGCAGACAGCGGAUGAAGACCAAGUUAAGAAGCUGUUGCAUUUUGGAGAUGACUACAGAGCAUUCAUUGGGAGUCAUUCGGACACAUCCUCUCUAAGUGGACUUCACGAAGGGCCACGACGACCUCCACAUAAGCUCCCACGAUCUACGUCCAAGACGCAGGUUAAUGCAGCGACAGACUUCGACUCUGACUCCGAUGUGGAAGACUUCCAGCACCUGCUGGGGCAGAGCGUCCGUGCUUACCAGUUUAUCCAAAACACCCUACAAAAGCACCUGAAUAGGGAACCCAAAGAAAUUGCCACUUCAAAAUUUGCUGAACUGGUUGCUACCUGCCAAACGAAUCUCCACUGCCUCCAAGUGAUCAAGGUUCACCUUCACACUGGUGCACAUUCUCCCCAGCUGGAAAAAUUGAUCAGCCAAUGGGAAGCGCUGCUGACGGAGCUUCAGCGCCGUCAGUCUACCACGCAAAAGAGUACAGAGUCCAGUGGAAACCAGCCCCAACAGCAGGAAGCAGACGUGCUCAGCGACAUAGCUGCCCUGCGUGCUGAACUCGAUGCACUGGCUAGGCUGGUGAGAAAGCCCAGCCCCAAAAUGAGCAGUGAUCUUGCUUCAGAGGAACAUGACCUGCCUAGGAUGGAGCAGCGGGUGCAGGAGCUCAAGGUGGCAUUAUCGUCGUUACACGGCAUCCGGGAGUCCCUGCUUGAGGUGAAGCUGAAGGUGCAUAGACUGACAGCUGAGGGUGGAUCUCCCUGCUUCAGGGAGCACGUGCAGGACCUGUAUCGCCAAUGGGACGAUGCGUACGAAAUGAGUGGUGCCAAGCUGACGGAGCUCCAAGCAAUGAAGAACCAGUGGGGUGCUGAGAGCCAGGAUGCUUUGUCUGAAAGGGUUGCUGCGCUCGAGGACAGCACAGUUGUGACAUCGGAGAAGAAGGUUACGUCUGAGAACAGCAGAUCUCCCACAUCCAAGCCAUCAUCCAAGGACGAUCCACCGAGCGGUCGUCGUCUGUGGCGUAUCUUGAAAGCUGCCCUUCCCGUCCAAGUUGCAUUGGUGCUGCUCUACUGUGUGGCAUGUCUGAUGGAACCUCACUGUUGUGACCUCCUCAACAACUUUCAUGCUUCAUUUGGACCACAGCUCAGCUACACCCAUGGUCCACCACCAGUAUGAAGUGAAGACACCACCCCUUGAAACGUCCCUCCGCUACAUCGCUGUAGAUGUGUCAGUGAUUGGUCUGCUUCCGCACUGCCCUCUGGAUCUCGAGACAAGGGGACGAUGGAACGAUCACCCUAUACACGUGUUGGGGCUCGGGAAGUCAUUAGAUUUCUGUCAUCACUGCCAUUUUAUGUCAUGCCCUGCACAAGCGAGCACAAAAUGUCUCCUGCAACGAACUGAUAAGAGGGAAUUUUUGCGGUGCAGCAAUAUUGUUUUUGAUGACGUUUGUUUCUGGUGCUGCAUUUUAUUUCGUUCUGUUAUAGACGUGCCUGCCUGGGACACAAAAAUUGAAUUGGCAUUGGGCGCGCGUAACUGUUAUGCCAAACGUACUCAUUAUAGUUAAAGUAAGAGAUUCACAGACAAAGGCAUUUAAACUUCAUAAUAUUGGAAAUUGCUUAUGAGAUCCAUAAUUUUUAGUAUAAGAGUAUGUUGUUCUUACAAUUUCAAGUUUUACAAGGUUACGAAGACUCUCCCUUGCUAGCAUUAUGCCUCGUACGGAAAUACGCAUCACUCUUCGCAUUAGAUGUGCCAUGUGACACGUAUAUGCAAAUGACAGUAGCGACAUUGUGUUAGCAUGUUGCACGUUUUGUGGUUAUCGUACGAACCUGCUCUGUUGCUCCCCAGUUUCUGCACAGUAUAACCAUGCACUGUGGUAUGUGACUAAGAAGCCUGUACUGGGGAGCCUGGAUUUGUACGAGUGUGCAACGGGACACGUCAUUUGAUGCGCACGAUUGCACACUUCUUCACACUUCAAGUGUUUAUGAUACAUGUAUACCAAUAUAGUGUAGCAGCAUGCAUUGUGGUGCACAUCGUGUCAUACCUGCAUGUGCUUGCUCAUUCGUGGGUAGAUAUUUUUAGCCGACUGCUGUGUAGUCGGCAUUAGUUAUGUGUUUCUUGCCAUGUCAUUCCUUCUGACAUUCAUUCUUGCCAAGUGUGAGAGGCUCAAAAAAAUCCAUUAACACAUUGAAAUUCAGCUUUUCACCUUACGCCUUCAUUUGGAAAUAAAAUUUACUUACAUUGUACUCGAUUUUUCGUCAUCCUCUGCACUUGCCAUCAGAGCAUUAUCUGAGAAAUCAAAGAAAAUUUAGUAGUAUGCAAAAUCCAUGGAUGCUGUGCAGAAAUUGAAAUCAAAUGAACACGAAAUUUGGAAACCUUCGGCUAUUCCAUGGCAGAUUAUCUGUACAUGUCAAAGGAUCAACUAUAGUUUAACCAAUGAACUAUCAGUGAACAUUAUCAGAGUACUACCAAAGAUUAGUUGAAGGCUAGCAGGUAGCCAGUAAGACAACGCAAAGCUAUGACUUAACAAAGUUAGUUUCAUCAAAAACUAUUUUGAGCCUUUUUAGAAACAAGUACAAAUUUUAGAUAUAGUGUAACAUUUUAUUAGGACAUGGCUGUUGAACGUUGUGCAGUGUCCAAGGGACCAUGCUUUUCCUUUCCACAUGCAGUGUUGGUGUACAUGCAGCACAUAUGGUAUGAUGAGCACUUAUUUGUUUUUUUGUGUUUUUCAUAGAGUUCUCUUGCCACUUUUCUUCACAGCCUUAUACCACAGGACAUAAAUUCAGUGUCACUACUUGUGAAGGACAGUACCAAGAUGAAUAUCUAUCUUGUGGACACAAUAAUAGUGCCACAGUAUGAGAUGAUUAGUGAGUGUCCAAUUCUUUGCAUUGUUGAAGUACUGGUAAGUUCUGUUUGCUACAGCAAGUAUUUUUUAUUUUAUUUUUUGUCUGCGUUAGUGUUUGUUUUUGCUUGAAUUGAAACACUGGUGUACAUUUUUUUGUGCUAUGUUAGCACAAGUUUGGUUCAGGUAACGUGGAUUCCAUUCUAGAUACAUCUACAAUCCAGCAUGUGGAAUUACAAUUUGUGAAUGUAUUGCGAGGUACAAAGAUGUGUGAACCAAGCAAUUCAUUUAUUAUGUGCCUUUCUCACAUUGAUACGUCCCACUUCUGUGUCAGAUGUGCAAGUAGUAUUUUUAUACGUGUCUGUUUGUUACGCAUUCUACACAGUAAUGUUCAUGCGUAGAACUGCUCACAGGAAGUUAGCCUUUACUGUUUUGGAGUACAAGACAUCACAAUAACGUAAAAUUACGUAAAAUUUGCAUGCUCACACGAACUUUCUACAUUUGUCCACAAUUUGUGUGUCCUUCACUGUACCAUGUACUUUUGCGUCCUGAUGAAAUUCAUCUCGGGCCGUUGUAACUGGCGUCACAUUUUUGUAAGUCGUCGUCGUCGUAGUUCUGAGCCAUUAACCAUUACUCAUUUUUUUUAAAAGAAAAUCUCCUUCAGGCAUUUCAGUGAAAUUGUCAUGAAGUCUUAUAUUUUACAGAAAGGUAUUUUACUGUAUCAGCUCUGUUACUUAGUAUUUAUUUUUUCAUGCUGUCAUUACCUUUUUAGUAAAAAACCUAUGUAGACUCAUUUGAAAUGAGAUACGUAUAAGCAUUUACGGACUCCAAGAUUGCAGUAAAUCGUAUCUAGUCAGGUGACAAAUUGCACUGCAUCAAAAGCUUGUAUGAAAACUUGUCAUGACGGUUUCACUGAGGCUCUGCAAUAGGAAGCGCCUUGCAUGUGGUGGAUUUAUGGAAAGCCAAAAAGAAAUGAAGAGAAGUACUAUAUGACAAAAAGGUAUGUAUACACUUCCUGCUGUUACUGAAAAAUUAUGAAAAAAUGUGAGAACACAGUAUGUUCUACAUAUAGUUGCUCUUUGUAGCCUUUGUUUUUCUAUGUCCCAUAAAUAAAAGUAUAGCUCCACAAAG